GGGACCGAAAGCGAAGGCUCCGGCAGGCUCGCCGGCCCGGUCCCCUUCUUCCAUGCGCCGACGCCGCUCCCCAAAUCGCAAAUCAUCUCGUUCAGGUUCGAGGGACCGGUCGGCCGCUGCAUCAUCUGGCGCGAGCAGCAGUGCCAGACCGACC